GAAAAAUUAGUCUUUCCGUAUGAUUGGGUUUUGGAAUGGAAGGAGCUGAAGGCAAGAGAAUAAGCUCUGAACUAACUUUUACAAAUUAAGUUAUUACAAAAAGACUCUGGAAAAUCUAAUUACCAAAAGAAGUGUAGACAAAAUGCAACCGCAUCAAAAAUGUUGAAAGUUGUUUCAGGUGAGAAGGUGAGAUGUUUGACGUGGCGAGUCACGUCCAGGAGAUGGCGCUGUGGUCCAAUGAGGAACACGGGCAUCAUUUGAAAACUACUUCCAAAAGGGAAUAUGUAGAUUUAUUUGUGCAUUUAUGAAUGUUGCACAGGUAUCACAGCUGUCUCUCUUGGCAAAACAGUGGCUCGUGCCUCCAAAUGUGUAAUAAUUAAUCAUACUAGAAAUACAUAUACAUAAAAAAUAAGUGGCUACAUAAUUUAAAUAAUAUCAUUUAAAUUUUAACACUGUAAUUUAAAUACUAUUAGUGGUUAUGAAUUAACAAUGUUAAUAUUAAUGUUAAUAAAGUCCUACGGACCACUGAGGCGAAAUGAGUUCGUGUGAAUUGUGAAAGUUUUAGAUUUAGCUUUAGUUGCUAUUGAUUAGCAGGAUGCUUUUGUUUUUCUGUCUUCAGGCUGUUUUAUUUGACUCGCUUGAAUAUAAGCUCCACUGUAAGACCAGGGAUAGUAAGUGUUACUCGGAUAUAUAGUUUUGUUGGCAUGAUGCACAUCAUUGGGAUAACCAUUACUCCCCUCAUCUCUCUGUAAAUUAAGGAAAUGAAGUGCAGGCGCUGGAGGCAACAUUCUAAGCUAUUUAAAUCUUUAAAUUUACAUCUUCCUCCAGCGUCAAGUAAUUGAACUAACUCCGGGCUUGUUCCUUUAAUUGAACAAAAAUAUCUUGUCUUCCUGCUGCUCGUCUGAUGUGGGAAACUAAUUUCAGCCAAAGGCGAGAAAAAUUCGGUUGUUAAGUCCAAAUAGUUUGCAACAUAUUCCUGUAUACAAACAGAUUUGCUUUGCUGUGUUUUCACUCGAGAAUGUGGGCUAUUAUGUCGAAGGUGAUAACAUUAGCUGUGUGCCAAAAGAUUACUGAAGGUAAUUGGAAAAUACAUUUUUUAAAUUCAAAUUUGUGACAAGAAAAUGAAAGGGUUCUAUCAUGUUUCCCCUUUGCACAACUGAAAACGGAACUGAAAUGCAUUGCUAUAUAGGCCUAUUUAUGUAAUUAGGCUAUGGAAAUCUUAAUUCGUAAUUUGUUCUCUUCGUAGGUUAUUUGAAUUCCCAACAUAGCCUACUACAACUGCGUUUUAAAAGCGUUUUAAGGUCAAUGUUUCAUUUAAAUGCGCGCGUUAAUAUACCCAAAGCGUCUGGUAUGUUUUAUUUUCAUCAUAAACAUUCGUUGUAUUGACAUCUGACGUUAUACUGAUGUUUGAGGGCAUCUUACCCUUAAGAUAUUUUGAGACCAUUACUAAAACAUUCUAUUUUAGCUGCAUUAUUUUUUUAGCUGGCGUUAUCGUGCUACGUUACCUAAGGAAACGUUUUGGUAAUGUUGUAACAAUGUAUCUUUUUUUUUUUUUAAUUCGCUGCGUUUAGUUUGGUCACUGGUUGGCGCCAGAUGUCAAGGAGGGAAGGAGCAUGUCUCGGCUGUCUUUGACCCGGUCCCCAGUGUCUCCUCUGGCCGCUCAGGGAAUCCCACUGCCGGCUCAGCUGACUAAAUCGAACGCUCCAGUCCACAUUGACGUAGGCGGGCACAUGUACACCAGCAGUCUUGCCACCCUCACCAAAUACCCAGACUCCAGAAUCAGUCGCCUGUUCAACGGCACAGAACCGAUUGUUUUGGACAGUCUGAAGCAGCAUUAUUUUAUCGACAGAGAUGGAGAGAUAUUCCGCUAUAUCCUGAGCUACCUGAGAACCAGCAAACUGCUUCUUCCUGACGACUUCAAGGAGUUCCAGCUGCUGUACGAGGAGGCUCGGUAUUACCAGCUGACGCCCAUGGUGAAAGAGCUGGAGCGCUGGAAGCAGGACCGGGAGCAGCGGCGGGCGGCUCAGCCCUGCGAGUGCCUGGUGGUGCGGGUGACCCCUGACCUGGGCGAGAGGAUUGCCAUCAGUGGGGACAAGGCCCUCAUAGAGGAAAUUUUCCCAGAGACAGGGGACGUCAUGUGCAAUUCAGUCAACGCCGGCUGGAACCAGGAUCCAACCCAUGUUAUUCGCUUUCCACUGAAUGGCUACUGCAGGCUCAACUCUGUGCAGGUUCUGGAGAGACUGUUCCAGAAAGGCUUCAACAUGGUGGCGUCGUGCGGCGGGGGUGUGGACUCCUCCCAGUUCAGUGAAUACAUCCUGAGUCGGGAAGACAGACGGUGUCAGACCAGCCACACGCCCAUCAGGAUAAAACAGGAGCCUCUGGACUAGCCGGCUCUUGUGCCAACCACAAACACCUCAGUCUGCUUUCGGAAAAAAAAAAAAAAAAAUGCCAGCGGACAAAUAGAAGACUUAAUUUGCAAGAAGAGUUUGCUUCAACUCUUCGGACUCCAAGAGGACUCAAAUCUUAGUAAAUGUAUUUCAUAAAUGACCCCAAAUCUGCUCCAAAAUAUGCUUUACAAACCCAAGCGAGUCACAGGAUGGCUUUUCAUCUGCUGACCUCCAGUUGAACUUUUUAGCCGUUUCUUUGGCUUGAGUCAUGAAAAAUGCAUUCAUAGAUCUAUAUUUCCACAGUUCAGAUCCAUAUAAGUUUGCCGUUGUAUGUGCAUAAAAGAGCGAAAAGAGGAACUCUACCAGGAAGUUGCGUUUAUGGCGAGCGCUCCUUCCGGCUAGAACACUUUCAAAUGAUGCAGCAGUCUGAUCUCCGAGCUCCCGGGCGAAAUUAACCACAAAAUACAAAGUCUGUCCUCUGAUCCAUUUUUAAUCUAGAUAUCUAAUGUUCUCAUUUUCCAGUCUCAUCUAUGUAAAUCAGUUCUUUUAUGACCUACAGGUUUAUUGCUGUUGUCUCACUACAUGAAGGAUACGAGAGCAGUUCUCAGAAGUCAUUUGGUUGUAAGUGCGGUCUGGAUUCGGCCGCAUAGACGCUUUGACUCGAGGCUACAUGGCGGCUAAAGCGGACAGUCUGGUAAUGCAUUCAGCGCUGGGCAGAGAGGCUUUUUGUUUGAGCAUGUCUAAAGGGAAACCUGGACUCAUGUGGGAGAGCUUUUCUGAUGGCAUCGCUAAAUCCUCUACUUUUUUUUCAGGUGCCCGUUUUCUUCAAAACUAGCCCUGAACUAGUCGUUAGUUCAUUAUACAUAAUUGCUUUGAGUAAACAGUUAAAAAGUAAAGAUCUUUUGUAGAUACAGUGUCCAAAACAACAUCUUGUUUAAUGAAGGCACCUUUUGGAAAAAUGAGUUUAGUCAGAUUGUUAAUGAAUACAGCACUUUCAGGGGGCGAUACUCAGACCGUUUGAGAAGUGGGGAAUUACUGUGCCCCUUAAGGCCUAGAGACAGAGGGGCUACGGGUCAGACUUCUCUCCAGGAGUUAAGGUCACUUUCCCACAAUCCCUUUUACUCACUCUCCCUUAGCAAAACAGCGCAAUCAGAGCCACUCGGAGAGAGACUGAGGGAGAAUAAACUUGAAAGGUUAACUUGGUGGCUGGUAAACAGACUGAAUUGCAUAAUGUGUUGUAAAAAGGCACAUUUAAUAAGAGUUCUUUGCCUCGCAAUUUCAAAAGGAAGGGUCACUGAAAUGUCACAGAUAUGUUGUUAUGCUAAGUGUUGUCUUAACUGGCCAGCGUUUCUUUUCAGAUUUUCUUGAUUUGUUGUACAUAAAGGCUCACGGACGCUUUGCAGGCCCCCCUGAAUGCAACUUAUCUCGCUGCUGCGCAACUGCCGUUUUGUUUUCGAUUUCAAGGACAAGAACAUUAAAAAGAUGAUUAUCAGAGAAGCUGCGUCGGACGUUAAAUAAAUCUUAAUUUAAAUACUGCUCUAAUGGAUGUUGUGUCAAGAUGUAUAUUGCAGUAUGGUCCAAAUGUAUAUUAUUUAAAUAAAACAUUUUUUUGUAAUGGAUUAUUAUUGAUAUGAAUCAUAGUGGUAUGUCAGGCAUGUGUUUAUUUGAAUUGUCACAUUCUUUUUGUAAUCGGUGUUGAUAAACAAACUUUUAAUAAAUUGUUGGAGUUCUUUCCCUAUUUUAAACCACUGGCAGUAUGCAUGUGAAUGUGUCGGAAAAACUUGAUACAAAUGACAGUGAACAUAGUCAGGGGUAGUCAAAAACCUCGCUAUGAAAUGGAAGAUCUUUUAGUAUUGUAAUGUACAUUGGAGUGAAUCUUCAGAAGAGAAAAAAAAAAACGUAUUGUGGGGACUUGGUCCUAUCAGCAGAUCUGAACUUGCAGUAUAUUUUAAGAAAAAGGGGCGGAGUUUCAGCAGACUAAAUGAUUGGAGAAGUAUGGCACGUAUCAGCAGAGAGAAGUCUGUUGAUUAAAAUUUUGUUCACCUAAAAAUGAAAAUUCAGCCUCAUGUCGUUCCAAACCCAUAAGACCUUCGUUCAUCUUCAGAACACAAAUUAAGAUACA